AGACGCCUUUCGCGGAUCAACAGUUGGUGCUUCGGUUGAAGCUCCGUGCUUGCUGUGUCGUUUUCUACUUUGGUGAUGGAAACCCUCGCCUCCGAGACAAAAGAAGAGAUUUCCAAGAGAAGUUGGCCAAGCGUCAAGCGCUCCUGGAUAUUCUAGCGUAUAUAAAUCAAGCAUGGAAUUACUACGAUGACCAAGUAGCGGCAGAUAUUGUGGCAAUGACUGCGGCUAACAUAUUCCGCACGUUACCCCCUCGGGUUAAAAACCCAAUGGCACUCUUCGAUUUGGAGGAGGAAGAGGCAGUCCUUGACCAAUCUUGGCCGCAUUUGCAGACGGUGUAUGAGAUUUUCUUCCGGUUCAUUGUGUGUCCGAUAGUUGAGCCUCGGUCGUUGAAGAAACAUAUAGAUAACAAGUUCAUAUCGAG